AUGGCGGAAACUUCGUUCGUAAUUCAGCAAACCUUCUCGGACCGGAAGCCUCCUCGCAUGCCGAAAUGCGCGCGGUGUCGCAACCACGGCAAGGUAUCGUGGUUAAAGGGCCACAAGCGAUACUGUCCAUGGAGGGAUUGCAAUUGCGCUCAGUGCACCCUGAUUGCGGAAAGACAGCGCGUCAUGGCAGCGCAAGUCGCGCUCCGUAGGCAACAGACUCAGGAGGAGAGCAUGCGAGUCCAACUGACGAAGAAAACACCCGCAUUCAUAGCACCCCAUGUUCCCCCUGUCCCGCAGUUAAACGGUGUUGCAAUACACUGCGCAGAGGAUAAGGCUCCUGCAGUACUGUACAGGGCAGUUACGCAAGGUAACUUCAAUGUUAAGUUAACUAAACACUUUAGGAAUUCGUGAUUUAGUUGCGAUUUUCCGCUCAUUUACACAUAUACAUGACUGGCAGGUACAAUUUUAUAACAUGUAGCAAAUUGGUAUAUGUUUGCAGUUUCUUAACUUGUCAAUUACACGCCUCCAAGACAAACACAACAGCGUUUCAUCUCGGUAUGUUUCUUUGCGCUGUUUGCACAAGCGUUAUCGUGCGAUGACAGGGUGAUAUUUUGCGGAGAAACCGUCUGACUUUCAAAGUACCCUUUCAACGUCGGAAGAAAUCAAUUCUCUUUAAUAUCGAUGAGUAGAAUAUGCACACAAGUUGAGCAGACCAUUUAAUUAGCCCUUGCUCUUUUCCUAUUGUUAGUCAAGGCAUUUUAUAAAAAAAGCUAUAUCUUUUCAAGUAAAUGAGCAAACCCAAGAUAUCUAUAUUAAACUUUGUUUGAAUGAUUUAAAUAAAGGCCCGGCUGUGUUCUUUUCUUGAAACUUGAAAGUUCCAAAAAGAAAACUUCCGACAGAAGGCCUUCGCAUCAGAGUCAUCCAUUGUCCCAAAGAGAAACGAAAAGUUUUGUUUUACGGAUGAAAGCUCAACAAAAGGUUCAGGCUGAGCGCUUUUAAAAACAUGAAGUAUCAUUAUGCAUAUUAAGGGCCGUCGGCACUUAAAUUUGAUAAUUUAAUUCGUUUUACCAUGCCUUUUUAUGAAUUCUUUCUUUUUUCCUUUUACCAGUUACCUGCCUGAAAAGUCUAAGUUUGCUUCGACAAUUUUUCACGUGCAUUAACUAAAUAUUCUUGUAGGUGCAAACGAUAGAAAUAGUGCAUUAAAAGCUUUUCUUGAGAUAAUUUGUUUCAGAUUCGAUUUUUUAUUUCAGAGGCCAAUUUUGUCCGGAACUUCAGUUCUCAAAUAAAUGAGCUAUUAUGGAUAAUCUCGUAAAAGCUUUUCCAUCGUACUUAAAAUAGAUAUGUCAUAGUGUUUACUUGAAAAAAUACAACCUUGAUCAAGCAUACACAUGCAAAAACCGGUAUUAAGAAAAACCUGAAUGGAUCUUUCCCCGAAGUCUCGCCAAGAGGGUGUGGAAAAUUGGUUUAUAAAAAUACGUAACCGUAAGACUAGACUUCAUUGAAAUAAGUGACAUAUAAAAAACUAAGGAAACUUUUCGCGGUUACAAAAGAUCACGUUCGCUUGUAUAUAAAAGUUUCUUUCUAAUGCUAGUAAAAUUCUACAGUGAAUAUUUUCAUUGCCUAGAAACUGGUUCAAUCCAGUUGCUUCUCUGAAACGACGUUUUUGUCAUGUUAUCUAAGCUUCCCCAAAUAAAGGAUCUUUCCACUGACAAGUAAUCGAGUUUGAAAGACGACUGCCCUUUUUAAAGCUCAAAUUUCAAAAGUAUGGGAAAAAAUGUCGAUUUUUUGAAUAAGUUAGUUCUUACGAACACCAUUCGUGCGUGUGUCGAUCCCGGAGAAACUAAAACUCCUACUUUCUUUAUGUCUUCCAUAGACUCUGAAGUUGAAUCAUGUUUAACACCAUCAUCAACAGUGUCACUUUGCUCUGAGAGCUAGGGGAAGUUUGGAGAUGCCUUUUGAGAUGACGUAUUAAAAAAAUUGAUAAAAAUUGAACCCUCACUAGGAAAUGCAUUUCGCGCCUCUCUUUUGUUGGAUAUUUUAUUUUGCGCCGACCCUGGGAACGAAGUUGGAACUGCUCCCGGUUUCGAGCGAAUCUGAAUCUUUUCAUUGCUCUUUUUCCCUCAGAAGCAGAGAGUGAAGUGGUGAGAGACACAAAACAGACAGCUCAGGGGAAGCCCAACGAAACACAAGACCUCAAAAUCAAAGAAGAGCCAGUUAGUCCUGUUAGCUUCGAAGAAAAUAGAUCUUCAGAUUCCGAAGAACAAAAUCGCAAAAGGUCCUUCAGCGAGGGUGAAAAAGAACGAGAGCAGGAACCCGAGCGUCCAAAAGUACCUCGCCUGUCCCCCCACAGAAAGGAAACUGAGACAUUUAGAUCAUCCCUAGAGCUGCUUCAGCGAAUAUUCCCUCACCAGAGCAGAGCUAUCUUAGAAUUAAUCCUCGGCGCCUGCGAAGAAGACAUCGUCAAGGCCAUCGAGUCGCUUCUCCCAGAAAACAGUCUGAGACCUUUUUCAUUUCCGCUAUCCGUCAGAGGCUUUGGAUCAGGGACGCUAAUUCCUUGCGACAGCGUUUCCAAGUCAGCGUUCUCGCCCAUUGCAAAAUCUCCAUCUUAUGCAUAUCCGGGAACUCUACCUUUGCAGUCGCCAUCUCUGAAAAGCCCGAGUGAAAAAAGCCCGGGUACUCCCAGUGCAUUUCAACCGGUCCACCCAUGCAGCCCGGCUGAACUAAGCCCAUCGCUUCCGGAGAGAUUCCAGUUCCCAGUCAUGGCGGGGUACUUCUUCAACCGGCCCACGGCACCGUCAGCGCUUAAUAUCCUGCUGGAUUCUCCGCAUCAAAGGACUGGGUCAGCUCCACCCUCAUCAAGGUUUUGUAGGCAUUGUGGGUUUUCAAGCAAAGUUGCGGACAAGUUUUGUAGCGAAUGCGGCAAGGCUUUGGAGUAA